AUGCAAUGCUUUGGAGGUUGCUUCGCGGAAAAUAACGUGGCAAUGAAUACUACGGAGCAAGACAGCACAACAAAUGCGGAGAUGGAUGUGGAAAUAUUCGAUCGGAGAGCUCACAAAUGGCGACCUGGACCAUCGAUGCUCAAUGUAAGAUCAGGAGCUGGAGUCACCGUCUACGACAAGAAAAUAAUAGCUGUUGGAGGGCAUAAAGGUGCAGAAAUUCAUCGAUCGGCAGAGAUUCUCAUCGGCGAUGAGUGGAUUGAAAUAGCGAACAUGUCAAUCCCUAGAAGGAAUACUGCAGCAGCUGCAUUGAAUGGUCUUCUCUAUGCCGUUGGAGGGGAUGAUGGAUCCAGCAAUUUGUCAACAAUCGAAUGUAUUCAGCUGAGUGAGAGGUCGGAGUCGCAAUGGAAAAUCGUUGAUAUGGAAGAUGAAGAUGCUGGUGAAUCUUCCCAAUUGAACGAAAGUUUCGGUAACAAGGAUGGCCUCGAACUUCUGGAAUACGAACGAGCUACUCUCGCUAAAACUCUACCGGCCAGCGUUCUAUUUGUCGUUGCAAGUGGACUAGGGCUCGAACGACUGUUUCUAGAACAUCUCAUCCUGUUUUCUGACCGUCGCCUUCUUGCUCUUGUCUUGAACACAAACGAGCACGAUGAAAGUUAUUUUGUUUCAAAGCUAAAAGAACAUUCCGUAGAUUGUGAUCCGAAAGUUAUCAAUUCUGAUGUCUCCGUUAAAGAUCGUCAAUCCAUUUAUCUUGAAGGGGGUGUUCAAUUUUGUUCAAGUCGUGUUCUUUUAGUCGAUCUUCUUCAAAAUCGAAUUCCCACUGAUCGUGUUGCAGCGAUUUUUGUAUAUAGAGCUCAUCAAACACUAAACGCUUUUCAAGAUUCUUUCAUUUUGCGUUUGUACCGUGAAAAGAAACCUGAUGGUAUGGUCAAAGCAUUCACUGAUGUUCCGAACACUCUUUCUUCUCUUGGACAAUUACAACGACUUGUUGAUCGUCUCUAUGUCCGUCAUGUGGAACUUUUACCUCGCUUUUCCAAUAUUAUCGAAACUGAGCUCAAUAAAUACCAGCUGAAAACGGCAAUCUUCUCGGUGGAUGUCCCGACUCCAUUGCGACGCGUUCACCGCACACUCAUAGAAUUUAUCAAAGUCUGUGUUCGAGACUUGAGAACGUCUUCUUUAGCUGGCAAACACGCCGAUGACCAAUUGGAAGAAAUGGUUCAUGUACCUUGGGCAAGUACGCAACUUGAGAAACGGCUUCGUGACAGACGUGGGAACAUAUCUGAAAAACAACAAAGACUACUGAACGAUGUGGCUUCACUGCGAGAAAUUUUGCAACUUUCUGAAAACAUGGAUGUAGCAACUGUUUUGUCGAGAUUGCAAGUCUUGAAAAACGAUAGAACUGUUCUAGAAGAGCAUAGUGGAUGGUUGCUCUCACCGUCGUUUAACCGAAUUAUGGAAGAUUUACUUACAAUUGCUGGAGUAACUAACGGAAAAGGAGAUCCAAAAAAGUUUUCAGUCCCGGCGAAAUGGACAGUUUUGACUGAAGUGCUUCGAGAAAUCAAAAAUAUUCAAUUAGAGAAAAAAGAAUAUAGAAACAACAAUCCAUCUGUUCUCAUUAUCACAAGCUCCGAAGAUCUUUCUAGACAGGUUACAGAUGUAGUUCGGUAUGGAAUGAACAAAAUGAAAUGGAUGACAUGGAGACAGUUAGGAUACAAAACAAAUCAAGAAAUGCCUGAUGAUGAUCCUCUUUGGGAUCCAGAUACGAUUUCUCAGUUAAUGCGUAGCUCUUUGGAUGUUGAAUCGAAAAGCGAAGUCAUUGCAAAUGUGCAAAAAUCACAAAAGACGACUGCCAGAGCUGCACAGAAACGAAGAAAGCACGCCGAAGAGAUGAGCGGAUUCUCGAGUGAUUCUCGUAUUCAAACAAGUCUGAUACAGUUUGGGAUUCUUCAGUACAAACGUCGAAAAUCUGGAAACGAAGUAAGAGAACAAAGAUAG